AUGGCUGCAGUCAUGGCAAAUGCAUUCUUGAAGCAAACUGGUGCUGGCCGGCUAUGCAAGGCAUUCGGCAUUCGUCUAGUAACCAAUCCGCAAAUUGUCCAGCUUGCGCGAAAUGCUGGCUUUGACUGUCUCUUUAUCGACCUAGAGCACUCUACCCUCUCCAUUGAUGAUUCCAGCAGACUCUGUAUCGCUGGGCUAAACAAUGGCAUUACUCCAUUCGUGAGAGUGCCUCAUCAGUGCGGUAAUGGUUUUGUACAGCGUGUACAAGAUGGGGGAGCAAUGGGCAUAAUCUUUCCUCAUAUCCAUGAUAAAGGAGAUGCUCAAGCCGCGGUUUCGAUAACCAAAUAUCCUCCCCAGGGUAAAAGGUCCAUGACGGGGCAGCUGCCACUGUUUUCCCUACAGCAGACACCAAUCCCCGUUGUGGUUGAGAAAACCAAUUCGGUAGGAUCCACUGUAAUUCUCAUGAUUGAAACUGUUGAGAGCAUCAAAAACAUCGAUGAAAUUGCGGGAACUGAGGGGGUCGAUUUGCUACUGAUAGGAGCCAAUGACCUGUCGAUUGAGUUGGGAGUUCCAGGUCAAUUUGAUAGCCAAGUUUUUAGAGGGGCGUUGGAAACAGUGAGCAGCGCGUGCAAAAGACACAACAAAGUCAUGGGUUUGGCUGGUAUUUACGACAACUCUGUGUUUCAGCAGUGGGCGGUGGACGUACUGGGAGUGCGAUUCAUUCUGGGACAACAAGAUUCAGGAAUUCUUGCUAGGCAUGCCAAAGGGUGUUUGGAAACUCUGCAAGCUCUAGAUCCAAAAUAA